AUGGCCAAGUCCAGCCUAAAGGGAGAACUGGUGUGGGGUGGGGAUCUUUUUUCUUGUGGAACAUUGGAAUUCCCACAAGAGACCAGUAAUGAGGUCAAAAAAAUCAAAUUGUUUGGAGUGUUCUCCUUCAGGAAUUUGGAAAAUCCCGAAGCUACUGAUUGGAAUGGUCAUCCUACAUUCAAUAUCUGUUUGCGGGAGUGUCUUGGUGAAGAUCAGCUUCAGAUGCAUAUCUAG